UGCAUUGCCCAUCUCGACUAUAAAUUCAUGGCCAUCUCUUUUCACUUCUCCUUCAUGUUCAUUCCCUCAUUCUCUGAAAUCUCUCUACUUCCAAACAGAGACUUCUGUUUGAUCUUAAUUUUACCUUUUUAAUCCCGGCCCCAAAACUCUUAUCAUUCCAAACCCAACAAAACUUCCCUCUGUUUUUGUUUAUUUCCUCUGUUUUUUUUGCCCUACACAUUUUAUUUGUGAAAAAUGUCGUGCUCAAGUUAUUGUCAGGGCCUCCAAUCAUGCCUGGAGCCAGCCCGCCUCCAUGUCGAACCGCGUGUCUUGAGGCUAACGUUGGCUCCACCAAAAUCCAACAUUUCCCGUUGCUCACCACCAGAAACCAAAACUUUUGUCCCUGGCUCAGAAGAUCACUCCAAAAGCACCAACGACAGUGUUGACAUGGGUGGCUGGAGUUUCCUCCAAUCUCUAGACACCAAUACCGCUCGAACCACUAGAGGAGACACUGAAAAAGACAAAAUUUACACCCCCCCGAACUUUAAACGUUCUUCUUCGAUGCUCAGCGAAAAGAGCCUGGAAAUGUGUACUGAAAGCUUGGGAAGUGAAACUGGCAACGAUGGCGGCGAAAGCAGCGAUGAGAUGGCUUUACUUUCUUUAUCAAACGUGAAUCACGAAAGCCCGGGAGAGAAAUCAAAAUUUCGAGGAGCGGGAAGAAUGAUGAGUCGAAGCGCCAGCUUUCCACCUCCUUUGACAUCGAUUAGCGGCUCCACUACUGUCCAAGUAAGGCCUCACCGAGAAGGGGGACGUCUAGUUCUGAAAGCAGUAAGCGUUUCUUCCUGCCAGGCUUACUUUCAUGCAGAGCGCAUAGACGGCCAGCUCAAGCUUCAUUUACUUAAAGACUCCUUCCCCACCCAUGAAGACGCUGAAGAAGAAGAAGAAGAGGAAGAAGAAGAAGAAGCAUCAUUGGAAGAAACAUCUGUUGAUGAUGAAAGUGAAGGGGAAAAAGAGGCAGAAGUUGAGGAUUGGAAAGCGGAGAGUGGAAAUGGUGGGGGUGAAAUGGGGAUGGAGAAGUUGCCGACGCGUAGCAGGUGCAAGGAAGGUGGGAGUGGAAGCAAAAGCUUGCUUAAUUGGGGGACAUUUUGGGUGGCUACUUAAAAUUUCUUGCUUCCUCUCUUCUAAUUAACUUCACUCGUAUAGUAUUUUUAAUUAUCAUUUUCUCCCGUGAUUAUAUUUUUAGAUUUCAUAAAAAUAUGCUAAUGGUAGUUAUUAUCGUUAUGCCACCUGGUCAUUCUCUUCAUGUAUUAUUUUACCUUUCCCAGAUUACCCUUAUGCAGGAUUAAAGCUAUUGUAUCAUCAACAUUUAACGGGGUUGAUAUAAUUCAACUUUUAUAUUUAUAAUAUUACAUUAAACAUUGUUAAACUCAC